AUGGCAGGUGAAGAAAACGAGUAUGAUGUUGAAGGAAAUGGGCAUCUCAAUCAGCCCGUCACACGGUUUCACUUCAACGCAUUACGUGAUCAUCUACGCCGAGAGUUCAGAAACAGCCUUGACCCAAUUGAAGAGAAGCAAGACAAGUUGUCGAGAGAUUUGCAGCAACUUAUGGGUAAUGUUGAUGAGCAACUCACUCAGAACAUGGCAGCCAUGAGGACUGGUAUUGUUGCUGAUAUUGUGCGAGAGCUUCGUCAGAACCGAGAAGAUGCAAGUGUCCAUGGUGAAGAACAAAAUGUAACUGAUGGGGAAGGUGCUGCCUCCAAUGCACAAGCUAGAAGAAACCGUGCUCCUGCUCCCCAUGCCAUGAGACCUCCCGGUCCCGGACGUGGAAAUGAUCAUGGUAAUGGACGUGGUCAUCAUGAAGCUGCUGCUGGUCGUGGUCUUAGAGGAGGCCACCGAAGAGCAAAUCUGCACCAUGAAGGUAGUGGAGAUGAGUUUGAUGAAGAUGAAGAUGGCAUGCACCAGAAUGACAGAUUUCAUCAUCGUAGAAACUAUGGUCGUGGACGGCAGGAGGAGGAGAGGUUUGGAAAGCUGAAAUUUACCAUGCCCAAGUUUGAUGGUGGAUCUGAUCCAGAAAGUUAUCUCACAUGGGAAUUGAAGGUUGACAAGAUUUUCCGCAUGCACAACUACUCUGAAGAGAAGAAAUUAGCAAUGGCCUCACUUGAGUUUGAAGACUAUGCUCUAAUUUGGUGGGAGCAAGUUCAGAUUCAGCGAGAAGAAGAAGGAGAGCCUGCUGUUGCUACAUGGACAGAAAUGAAAAGAGAGAUGAGGGCAAGAUUUGUCCCAAGGCAUUAUAGACGUGACAUCUUUGAUAAGCUCCAGAAUUUGAGGCAAGGAAAGUUAUCAGUUGAGGAGUAUCAUAAGGAGAUGGAGAAGGCAAUGAUAAGAGCCAACAUACAUGAAGAUGAGGAGCAGUCCAUGGCAAGGUUCCUCUAUGGGCUGAAUCCUAAUGUUAAACGAGUGGUUGAUUUGCAGCCAUAUCGUAAUGUGGUAGAGCUGGUACAUCUUGCUUCUAAGGCUGAACGUCAAUUGCAAGAAGACUCGAAGCAAAACAGAACUACAUCCUUCACAGCUCGAGCUACAUCAAGUGGGAGUAAGUUUGUACCUCAAUUCAAUGUUGGUCGAGGUAUUAUGACUAGUUCUGGUGGUGGAAAUCAGCCCCAUGCACGUGCAGCCACGAGCAGAAAUGAUGCAUCAAAUUCGAAGGAGAAGAGCAAAUUUGCAGCUCCUAGUUCAUCCUCCAUUGGCUCCACGGGGAAAACUAGUGAGAUAGAGUGCUUUACAUGUAAGGGACGUGGCCACAUGAAGAAGGAUUGUCCCAACAAGCGUACCAUGCUGAUCACCGAGAAUGGAGAAUAUGAGUCUUGUAGUGAACCUGAAGAAGAAACUGAAGAUGGUGAUGGUUCAGAUGGUGAUGAGCAAACCUAUUGUGAUUAUGAGCAAGGUGCCUCUCUUGUUGUCACUAAAGUUUUGAGUGUGCAGAUCAAAGAAGCUGAGAAUGGACAACGACACAAUCUGUUUCAAACAAGAGCCAAAGUGCAAGACAAGGUAUGCAAGGUAAUUGUUGAUGGUGGGAGUUGUCACAAUCUUGCAAGCAAAGAAAUGUGUGAUAAGCUUGGGCUGAAGCUGCUACAACACCCUCAUCCAUAUCAUAUACAAUGGUUGAGUGAAUGUGGAGAGAUUAAGAUCACACACAUGGUACAGGUGCAAUUCAAGAUUGGAGAUUAUAAUGACACCGUUGAGUGUGAUGUGGUGCCAAUGAAGGUGUGUCACUUGCUGUUGGGCAGACCGUGGCAAUAUGAUCAUUCAGCUCAACAUUGUGGCAGAACCAAUCAAUACACCAUCAAGUGGAGAGGAAAAGACUUGGUGCUUAGACCCAUGACACCCCAACAAAUCAUGGCUGAGCACUUGCAGAAAGUUUCUGAAGUAAAAAUAGUGAAGAACUUAGUAAUGUUAGCCACCAAAUCAGAACUGAGAGAUGUGAGGCUCAACCCAAAUCAAGUGGUCGUUGUACUUGUGUACAAAGAUGCUUUGCUUUCAGCUAACGACUUAACAUGUCUCCCUAGUGCUGUUUGUGAUGUCUUGCAGGAAUUCGAGGAUGUUUUUCCGGAGGAAGUACCCGCUGGUCUACCUCCCUUGCGUGGCAUAGAACAUCAGAUUGACCUCAUUCCAGGAGCAUCACUUCCGAAUCGACCUCCCUACCGCACCAAUCCUGAAGAAACAAAGGAGAUACAAAGGCAGAAAGAUGACACAUGGCGAUUGGUAAUGGAUUGUAGGCCUAUCAAUAUUAUAACUAUUAGGUAUCGUCAUCCUAUUCCUAGGUUAGAUGAUAUGCUUGAUGAAUUGAGUGGCUCUACUGUUUUCUCUAAAAUUGAUUUGAGGAGUGGAUACCAUCAGAUUAGGAUGAAAGAAGGAGAUGAAUGGAAAACUGCUUUCAAAACAAAAUUUGGGUUGUAUGAGUGGUUAGUCAUGCCUUUUGGAUUAACUAAUGCACCAAGUACAUUCAUGAGAUUGAUGAACCAUGUUUUGAGAGCUUACAUUGGCAAAUUUGUUGUUGUGUACUUUGAUGACAUCCUAAUCUAUAGCAGAUCCAUUGAGGAACAUAUUGAACAUCUAAAACAAGUGCUGAAUGUGCUAAGGACAGAAAAACUAUAUGCUAACGUUGAGAAGUGCUCCUUUUGCACAAACAAGGUUGUUUUUCUUGGCUAUGUCGUUUCAGGACAGGGAAUUGAAGUGGAUGAAUCUAAGGUGGAAGCAAUCAAGAAUUGGCCAACUCCAAUGAAUGUAAGCCAGGUGAGAAGUUUUCAUGGCCUUGCUGGUUUCUACCGGAGGUUUGUGAAAGAUUUUAGUACAAUUGCUGCACCUUUGAAUGAAUUGACAAAGAAAGGAAUUCCCUUUAAAUGGGGUGCACCACAAGAAGAAGCAUUUCUUGAGCUUAAGAAACAAUUAACUGAAGCACCUUUGCUGAUUCUACCUGAUUUCACUAAAACUUUUGAGAUAGAAUGUGAUGCUAGUGGAAUAGGUAUUGGAGGUGUGUUAAUGCAAGAACGAAAACCAAUAGCAUAUUUUAGUGAGAAGCUGAGUGGUGCACAACUGAAUUAUUCUGUUUAUGAUAAAGAGUUGUAUGCCUUGGUUAGAGUGCUUGAAACUUGGCAACACUACUUAUGGCCUAAAGAGUUUAUUGUACAUUCUGAUCAUGAGGCCUUGAAACAUUUGAAAGGCCAAGCUAAACUGAAUCGUAGGCAUGCUAAAUGGGUAGAAUUCAUUGAAACUUUCCCAUAUGUUGUGAAGUAUAAGAAAGGAAAGGAAAACAUGGUUGCUGAUGCUUUGUCCCGUAGGCAUGUUCUUUUGACACAAUUAGAAGUGAAGGUACCAGGACUUGAGAGCUUAAAAGAACUGUAUUGCACUGAUCAUAUAUUUUCAGAACCAUAUGCAAAAUGUAAAGAUGGGAAAGGUUGGGAUAAAUACCAUGUGCAUGAUGGGUUCCUUUUUAGGGCUAACAAGUUGUGUGUUCCAGAUUCGUCGGUUAGGCCUUUGUUGUUGCAGGAAUCACAUGCAGGAGGAUUAAUGGGACACUUUGGUCGUGAGAAGACUUAUGAGCUGUUGGCCGAUCACUUUUAUUGGCCAAAGAUGAGGAAGGACGUUGAGAGAUUUGUGCAGCGAUGCAUCAUAUGCCACAAAGAUAAGUCUAAACUGAACCCCCAUGGUUUAUAUACUCCCCUACCUGUUCCAAAUCCUCCUUGGGAAGAUAUUAGCAUGGAUUAUGUUUUAGGACUGCCUAGGACUAAGAGGGGGAGGGAUUCAGUUUUUGUUGUGUUUGCUUACAAUCGGGAAGUUCACUCUACCACAACCAUGUGCCCAUUUGAGGUGGUAUAUGGAUUCAAACCACUUGCACCAAUUGACUUGCUGUCACUUCCAUUGCAAGAGAGAUGUAACAUGGAGGCUUCAAAGCGUGCUGCAUAUGUGAAGAAGAUUCAUGAGAAGAACAGAGAAGAGAUAGAAAGGAAGUCCAAGUACUAUGCUGCUAAGGCAAACAAAAAUUGCAAGAAGGUGACUUUUGAGCCCGGAGAUCUGGUUUGGAUACAUUUGCGCAAAGAUCGGUCCCUAGAGAAGCGCAAAUCCAAGCUAAUGCUGCAUGGAGAUGGACCAUUCAAAGUCUUGGCCAAGAUCAAUGACAAUGCUUACAAGAUCGAGCUUCCUGAAGACUAUGCUCGUGUCAUCAACAAAUCGAUACAUACUAGCCCUUCGGGCUACUCUUUCAGCUUCUUCUUGCUCUUCGAGAAGUUCUUCAGUUUGGAGCAAAUGGACUAUGUGUCGGGCCCAAGUUGGAGCCUGAGGCUCGGCAACGAGGACCAGCGGCACCUCCUCGUUCAUGGGAGCGCACUCCUCGACCGCAGGGACCGGUGGUCUGGCGGGAGGGUGCAGCUCAGUGAUCGAAGGGGAGUUGUUCCCGCCAAGCUCUCUGCCGGGGGCCUCGGGAGGCUCUGCCGGAAGAGGCCUGCCGGAGUCCAUUUUCCUCCUCUUUCUGGCCAUUGUUGCCAGGGAUACGGAGGGCUAAGUCAGACGGAGAACAAAAGUCCCUGGUUCCACAUGGAUUUUUUGCGUAGUGCACUUCGACGGAUGAUCAUCAAUGCUGUUUUCUGCACGGGAACUGGAAAAAAACAUCUACGGGCCGAAUCUGCACUUGGGCCAAAAGUGGAAGGGGCCUGCUGCGGUGGCUCACCAUGGGUUGAGGCCCAGUUGGUGGAGGCAGGCCGAGCGAGGCCGCUGGGCAAGGGCGCGGUCAACGCGAGUGCUGCUCGUGCGCUCGUUCUCCUGUUCGAUGCAGGGAGCUACGGGCGGCGCCUGGAGCAGAGCUCCGACGAGCGGGCGAAGGGGCGGCGAGGCGAGGGACUUGGGGCAUGGAGCGGUGACGGCAGGGUUGGUGCAGGAGCUCCGAUGGCGUGA